AUGUACAAGACUCAAUUGAUUAAAUCUUCAACUCAAGCUAGAUUUUUGGCUGUUAGACAAUUAUCUUCCACUAGUCAAUUAUUGAAAUGGAAUGAUAUUCCAUUGGCUCCACCAGACAAGAUUUUGGGUAUUUCUGAAGCUUAUAACAAUGAUUCUAACCCUCAAAAAGUCAAUUUGGGGGUUGGUGCUUAUAGAGAUAAUUCUGGUAAACCAAUUAUUUUCCCAUCAGUUAAAAAAGCUGAAGAAAUUUUAUUGGGUAAAGAAACUGAAAAGGAAUAUACUGCCAUUGUUGGUUCCAAAAAUUUCCAAUCAAUUGUGAAAAAUUUCAUUUUCAACAAUUCUAAUAAAGAUGCCAAUGGUAAACAAUUAAUUGAUGAUGGUAGAAUUGUUACUGCUCAAACCAUCUCUGGUACUGGAUCACUUAGAGUUAUCGCUGAUUUCUUGAAUCGUUUCUAUUCUAACAAGAAAAUUUUGGUUCCAAAACCAACUUGGGCUAAUCAUGUUGCUGUUUUCAAAGAUGCUGGUUUAGAACCAGAAUUUUAUAGUUAUUAUGAAACUAGCAAAAAUGAUUUGGAUUAUGCCAAUUUGAAAAAAUCUUUAACUGCUGCUCCAGAAGGUUCAAUUGUUUUAUUACAUGCUUGUUGUCAUAACCCAACCGGUAUGGAUUUGACUUCAGAACAAUGGGAUGAAGUUUUACAAAUUGUUCAAGAUAAAAAAUUCUUCCCAUUAGUCGAUAUGGCUUAUCAAGGUUUUGCUAGUGGUAAACCAUUUGAAGAUAUCGGUUUAAUCAGAAAAUUGACUAAAUUAGCUAAUGAAAACAAAAUUCCUUCAUUUGCCUUGUGCCAAUCAUUUGCUAAGAAUAUGGGUCUUUAUGGGGAAAGAACUGGUUCUAUCUCUAUAAUCAAUUCAUCAGGUGAAGCUUCUAAAGCUGUUGAAUCACAAUUGAAAAAAUUAAUUAGACCAAUUUAUUCAUCUCCACCAAUUCAUGGUUCUAAGAUUGUUGAAGUUAUUUUCGAUGAAAGUUCUGGUUUAUUACCUCAAUGGUUAGAUGAAUUAGAUAAAGUUGUUGGUAGAUUGAACACUGUUCGUUCCAAAUUAUACGAAAAAUUAGAUAAAUCCAAUUACAACUGGGACCAUUUGUUAAAACAAAGAGGUAUGUUUGUUUACACUGGUUUAUCACCAGAACAAGUUAUUAGAUUAAGAAACGAAUAUUCAGUUUAUGCCACUGAAGAUGGUAGAUUCAGUAUUUCUGGUAUUAAUGAUAAUAACGUUGAUUAUUUGGCUAAUGCUAUUAAUGAAGUCAUCAAAAACUAA